AAAAAUUAUCCAAAUUACACAAAAUCACCCCAACGGGUGUACCUGUCCCCAGGUUUAGACAGACGAGGCACAUGGAAGCGGUUUCUACUCAGCAAAAGUUCAGCCGGCAGCGGUGGCACUCCUCAGCACACCUCGGGCACAUCGACGGACACCGAGCUGACCACCCUAGACACCCACGAACUUUGGCUACCGGAAAGCGAGCCACCUCCUUCAGCCAUGUCCGCCCUCCACGCUUUCGGCGCCGAAAUGCUGAAGUUGUCCAGAGGGCUGGAGGGCAUCGCCAGCCCGGGCAGCCCUACACCGACCGGUACGCCCCGAUCCACGCCCCAGCACUCGGGCCAGCAUCAUCAUCAUCAUCAUCAGCAUCAGUUGCAUCGAUGCAGUUUGCGACACGGAAGCGGAGAAAGCGGAGCCAGCAGUGCCUCCGGUUCGAGAACCAGCCUAUCAAUGCAGGAGGACCUGAGUUCACCGACACCGUGGAAGCACCGUCGAAGAGCAUCAACCUUCAACGAGGCUCACCUGGAACGAGCCGAAUCGAGUUCUCCGAAGACACCGAGAAAAAGAUCCUUCAGCUUCCACGAGGAAUCGUUCGGUCGGUCUUCCGUGUUCAGGAAGGACUCGUCGAACGAGAACAACGUUCAAAGGAAAUCGCUGGAGAAACAGGAGUCAGAAGGCAUGGCGUUGCCUCCGCCUUGCACCUGUCCUUAUUUCGGGGAAUCGUCGAAGAGGCCGGCGACUCAGCCUUCCAGCGAGAUCGUGAUUGUUUCUAGCGACACUAUGAAGCCGAUUUCGGGGAAGAAUCUCGAGGCAGGACUUUUGGGGAGGAACAGCAGAUUGGAGGCUAACAGGAGUUACGAGCUGAAUUCGGUCGUCACGUGGCGGGGAGGAAGGAGAGGAUCGAGCUUAGGGAACACAAGAACGUCUCUACUAUCCACAAGAGCUCCCAUCAGACGCGCCGCCACAAUGCGCGCCCACAACGGAGCCGCCAGCAGCAGCUCGAAACAAAGCAGCAACUCUUCGUCGCCCUGUUUGCACAGACACUCAGGUCAAGUUCGUAGCCAUCACUCGCGCACCAGCAGCGUGAUCUCCCGCAACAGUUCCCGUCACGGAAGGAUUAUCCGACUGGAACAAAAAGCGACGAAAGUCCUCGGAGUGGUGUUCUUCACGUUCGUAAUUCUGUGGGCACCGUUCUUCGUCUUAAAUUUAGUUCCAGCGGUGUGUCCCGACUGUGAGAAGCAAAUCGAUCGGAAGAUCUUCGAUUUGGCCACUUGGCUAGGUUAUGCGAGUAGCAUGGUGAACCCAAUAUUCUACACGAUCUUCAACAAGGUGUUCCGACAGGCGUUCAAGAAGGUGCUGCUCUGCAGAUACAGGAACCAAGCGUGGAGGCCGUCAAGGUAGGCCUUCGACCCCGGGAGGCCGGGGAUCGCUGUCACCAGGGUUUAAAUUUGACCUUCGAGGUUUGAACCGGGGUGAAAGUUUUCGAACAUUCGGUGUGAAAGACUUGAUGUGUAUUCGAGUAUUGUGUUCGAGAGAAUCAUUUUGAAAUGUUUGGAGAAGGUGAUAGGACUUGAAAAGGCGAGGGACGUUCAAUUACGUUCAAGAUUUACGUUCAAGAAUUUGGAUGAGAAUUUCAUGAGAGCUUUUGAAGAGUAUGCGUGGGAAGAUUUUAAUAGAGUGUCUUGAAGAAUUUGGAUGAGAUUUUAAUGGAUAUUCAAGAAUGAUAGUCAUUAAGAGGGUUUUUGAAGAAUAUGCGAAAGAUUUGUUUUAAUCUUGAAGAAUAUGAGUGGAAUGAUUUUAAUGUGGGGUCAAUUUGAGAGUCCUAUUUGAAUAUGCGUGAGAUUGAUUUCAACGUUUAAGAAUUUGGAUGGCAGUCAUUUUAAGAUUCUUGAAGAUUAUGGAAGAAUUUUAACACGUCCUUGAAAAAUUUGGAUGAAAUUGCUUGCAGAAGAAUUUGAAAAAUAUGGAUGAGAUUGCUUUUAGAAGAAUUUGAAGAAGAUGGAUGAAAAGGUUCGUUUUAAUGGUGGACCUUGAAGAACGUGGAGAAGACUGAUUUUAAUAGAUGGAUCUUGAGGAAUGUGCGUAGACACAUUUUAAUAGGUUGAAGACUAUGGAUGAGAAGAUUUUAAUGGAUGAACCUUGAAGAAGGUAGAUUUCAACAGGUGAAGACUUUGGAUAAGAAAAUCAAUUUUAAGAAGUUGAAUAAAUUAGAGAAGACUGUUGAAAAGAUUAUAGAAACAAUAGACUCUCGUUAUAUUGCCAUUGAGAGAAUAGACGAGAAAUUUAACAUGGUAAUGUACUUAGAAAAUCGAUAUUUUACUAAGGAUGUGCUAUGAGAUUAAUAGUCAAUUAAAAAUUGUAA